AGCCUGUUCAUUUUCUUGGUGUCCAAACAAAACCCCCAACUCAGAUUUUCCUGAAGGAAUAAUUAUCCGGUGAGACAGAAAUCUUUCAGGGUUUUGGAGAUCAGAGCAAUGGCGUCCGACGGACAGCAGUUUCCUCCUCAGAAGCAGGACACUCAACCUGGAAAAGAGCAUGCCAUGAAUCCUAUCCCUCAGUUCAGCAGCUCCGAUUACAAGCCUUCUAAUAAGCUUCAUGGGAAGGUGGCACUGGUCACCGGAGGAGAUUGCGGCAUCGGCAGAGCAGUCUGCCACUGCUUUGUCCUGGAAGGAGCCACCGUGGCAUUCACGUAUCUAGCAAUUCCGGCUGAUUUGGGGUACGAUCAGAACAGCAAAAAGGUCAUCGAUGAAGUAGUUAAUGCCUAUGGUCGGAUCGAUAUGCUGGUCAAUAACUGUGCCGAGCAGUAUGAGGGCAAUAGUCUGGAGGAGAUUGAUGAAUGCAGGCUUGAGAGGGUGUUUAAGACUAACGUCUACUCUUUCUUCUUCAUGUCCAGGCACUCAUUGAAGCAUAUGAAGGAAGGGAGUGCUAUAAUCAAUACAACUUCGAUUAAUGCGUACAAGGGAAAUGCCAAGCUUCUUGACUACACAGCAACAAAGGGUGCCAUUGUGGCUUUUACCAGAGGACUAGCUCUGCAGCUUGUGAACAGAGGUAUACGCGUCAAUGGCGUUGCUCCUGGACCCAUAUGGACUCCAUUGAUUCCGUCAUCCUUCAAAGAAAAGGAGAUUGCUCAGUUUGGGUCUGAAGUCCCUAUGAAACGAGCUGGCCAGCCUAUUGAGGUUGCACCUUCCUACGUGUUCCUCGCCUGCAACCACUGCUCCUCCUACAUCACUGGCCAGGUCCUCCAUCCAAAUGGUGGUGUAAUAGUGAAUGCCUGAAGCGAUUUUAGCCAAUCUGGUUUUUGUUUUUGGUGUCUUUCUUUGUUAUAAAUAAUUCCCUUUGUUUUGUGUGUGAAUCUCUUGCAUUACUCUAUGUACGGUCCGAAUGCAGAGCUUUUGCGUUUGUGAAAGCAGAGAGUGUAACAAGUUCUAGACAUGUUAUCUCUGAAAAGAAAAAAAUAUAAUGAAACUAUGAAAAUUUA